GAUUGCAGUGUUUUGGUGUGUGUGAUUGUGUUGUGGAUAGGGGCGCACAGCAGCUGGCGCUAACGGAAGCCCAGCUGUAGCUCUUCAUUUCUAAUAUCUUUUUCCCCCCCAAUAAGGACAACAACAACAAUACCCGGAGAUGGCCCAGUGGCAGCAGCUGCUGAAGUUGGACUCCGCACACCAGGACCAGGUGAGCCAGGUGUAUCAUGAGAAAUUUCCCAGGGAGAUUCGCCACUACCUCAGCGACUGGAUCGAGAGCCAAAACUGGGAUUUGGCGGCAGAUAAUGAGACUGAAGCGAGGAACGCUUUCUGGAACCUCCUGCGCCAUUUGGAUGAGCAGCAGAAACGUUGUGUCCAGCAGAACAACAUUUUGCUGGGGCCUGACUUUCUAAUGAUGAAAUCAUACUUGCAGCAGCAGUUUAGGGAGGACCCACUGAGCUUGGCCAUGAUUGUUUCUGAAUGCCUAAAGCAGGAAAAGAAGAUCCUGGCUAAGGUUGCUGAAGCACAGGGGUACAUACCUGACAACCCAGCAAUGGAGAGACAGAAUACUUUGGCUAACAAAAUCUCAGAACUGAGGGAGCAAACUUGGGAGACCGAGCGGGAAAUCAAGUCACUGGAGGAUCUGCGUGAUAAACUUGAUCAUAUAUCAAAGACCCAGCCAAACAAAGUGGAUCAGGUAAACGGAUCGGUCCAGUCCCAGGCUCUUGCAAAAGAGGAAUUUCUUCAGGAGGCCAACUUUUUCACACUAACAAAACAGUUGGUGCUGCAGCAGAUAAUGAAAAAUUUGAACUUGGCGCGGCAGAUUGUGUCGGUCCUGGUAACAGUGGAGCUGCCUGAGUGGAAGCACAGGCAGCAGAUGGCCUGCAUAGGCAGUCCUGCUGACACCAGUCUGGACCUGCUGCAGAUGUGGUUCACGACUGUGGGAGAAGUUCUGCAACAAAUGCGCCAGCAGCUGAAGAAGUUGCAAGAGCAGGACCAGAACUACACCUUCAAUGGUGCCUUCAAUGGUGCUUCCAGUUUCUUGAAUUUGACAGAAGUUGAGGAACUCACAGUUUGCCAAUUUAGAAGACUUCUUGAAAAUGCUCUAGUGGUUGAGAAACAGCCUUGUUCAUCAAGUCUGUCCAACCGAUCUUUGAUACUUAAGACCGGGGUGCUGUUCUCAGUGAAAAUAAGGUUCUUAGUGAAUCUCCCAGAAUUCAAGUGCAUGCUUAAAGUCAAGCCUGUAUUUGACAAGGAUGUCGCUGAAAAGGACAGCAUUAAAGGAUUCCGCCAGUUUGCAUUUGUUACAAACAAGCCCAAGGUGUUGGAUGUGGAGAUGUCUGGCGGAGGCUUGGUGGCAGAGUUUGGACACCUGUCAUUAAAGGACUGCAAAGUACGAGGCAAAAGAUCCUAUGAGACUCCUCUGGUCGUCACUGAGGAGCUCCACGUCAUUAAAUUUGAGACGCAGCUGCAGCAGGGUGGACUGGAUGUUGAUAUUCAGACCAGCUCUCUGCCCCUGGUGAUCGUCUCCAGUUCCAACCAGGUCCCCAGUGCCUGGGCCUCGGUCCUGUGGUGCAGCAUGCUGACCAGUGAACCACAGAACCUGUCACUGUUUGUUAGUCCUCCUCCAGUCACAUGGCAGCAGCUGUCAGAAGUACUACACUGGCAGUUUCUUUCUGUCUGUGAACGAGGACUGAAUGAAAUCCAUCUCUCCAUGCUGAAGGACAAACUUGUAGAUAACUCAGAUGAUCUUGUCCACUGGGGCAAGUUCUGCAAGAAUGAGGGUGUUUGGUUUUGGAUUCAUGGGAUCCUGGAUUUGAUCAAGAAGCACUUGCUGGAUCUCUGGAAAGAAGGGUCCGUCAUGGGUUUUGUGAGCAAGGGGCAAACAGAGACUUUGCUUAGGCAGAAGAUGAACGGGACUUUCCUGUUACGCUUCAGUGAGAGCAGCAGGGAUGGAGCCAUCACCUUCAGCUGGGUAGAGCACAACAGCGGUGAAACCCAUGUUCAUGCAGUAUUACCCUACACCAAGAAGGAACUAAGUAAUGAGUGGCUGCCCAAUAUUAUUAAGGGCUACAGUGUUCGUGACUCAGAGAACACGCACAGAAAUCCUCUGCUCUAUCUUUACCCAGACAUCCCCAAAGACAGUGCCUUUGGAAAGCACUACAGUAAACCCGAACUACUGAAAAGAGGUUACUGGGGGAGAAAAACCAUCCAUGUGUCAAAAAAAGUGGAAAUAGACAUGGACACUGGGAUGGAAUGGGGAAUGUCUUGAUGAGCCUGAAUCACUCUGGCCUGAUCCAGCCUGCAUGCCGAUAUCCACCUGUAUCCUGCAGUUGGUCAAACUUUUUUUUUUUCUUGUGCUGCACUUCAGUUUGAUCUCCUCCCUGCUAACAAGCUUGACAAGCUCAUUUGAUUAUGUUGUGGGAGCACUUCCAAAAACUAGUCAGUUGUUGAUAUGUGCAAGUGCAUACAAUAAAAAAUCAAAAAGUUCAUUUUUUUUUCUGUAAUUUAAUUCAGAAAGUGAACCUUUCAUAUAUUUUAGAUUCAUUACACAUAAAGUGAAAUAUUUCAAGCCUUUUUUGUUGUGAUGAUUAUGGCGUAUAAUUGAUGAAAAUCAAAAAUCCAUUAUCUUAAAAUAUUAGAAUAUUUCAUAAAAGCAAUCAAUAAAAGGAUUUAUAAUCAAGAGAUGUCGACCUCUUGAAAACCGUGUUCAUUUCUACACUCAGUACUUGGUCGGGCUCCUCUUGCAGGAAUAACUGCAUCAGUGCAGCGAUCAGCCUGUGGCUCUGCUGUGGUGGUGUGGAGGCCCAGGCUGCUCUGAUAGCGCUCUUAAUGUGUAAAGAAUUAAAAAAAUGAGUUUCACUUUUUGAAUUAAAUUACAGAAAAAAUGAACUUCUUCAUAAGGGAUGUUUACAAGAGAUCCUUCUCUGUAAUGGCAAAAGAGAAUGCUGACAUAAGUGUAAUUUACAUUUGUUUAUUAAA